CAGGAUUGGAAACUUGGACUUAUUACUGCUUCAUCCACCUGGAGAAAGCAGGCAGCGCCACAGAGGAAAAGGGGGAGAGAACCACUGAGAUAAAGGCAGAACACCAGGAAGAGGAUGUUUUGAGAAGUGUUUCAGAGAAACUUCAAGUCACUAAAGAUGGAAAACGAGACAGUAAGUGAACUGAACCAAACACAGCUUCAACCCAGAGCAGUGGUGGCCCUAGAAUACCAAGUGGUCACCAUCUUCCUUGUGCUCGUUAUUUGUGGUUUGGGCAUCGUGGGCAACAUCAUGGUGGUCCUGGUGGUCAUGAGAACCAAGCACAUGAGGACCCCCACAAACUGCUACCUGGUGAGUCUGGCAGUAGCUGAUCUCAUGGUCCUGGUGGCUGCUGGCCUCCCCAACAUAACAGACAGUAUCUAUGGGUCCUGGGUCUACGGCUAUGUGGGAUGCCUCUGCAUCACUUACCUCCAGUACUUGGGCAUUAAUGCCUCCUCUUGUUCCAUCACAGCCUUUACCAUUGAGAGGUACAUAGCAAUCUGUCACCCCAUCAAAGCCCAGUUUCUCUGCACAUUUUCCAGAGCCAAAAAGAUCAUCAUCUUUGUCUGGGCUUUCACAUCGAUUUACUGUAUGCUCUGGUUCUUCUUGCUGGAUCUCAAUAUUAGCACCUACAAAGAUGCUAUUGUGGUGUCCUGUGGCUACAAGAUCUCCAGGAAUUACUACUCACCUAUUUACCUAAUGGACUUUGGUGUCUUUUAUGUUGUGCCGAUGAUACUGGCCACCGUCCUGUAUGGAUUCAUAGCUAGGAUCCUCUUCUUAAAUCCCAUUCCUUCAGAUCCUAAAGACAACUCUAAGACAUGGAAAAAUGACUCAACCCACCAGAACAAGAAUAUGAAUUCAAAGACCUCUAAUAGAUGUUUCAACAGCACAGUGUCUUCAAGGAAGCAGGUCACCAAGAUGCUGGCAGUGGUUGUAAUUCUGUUUGCCCUUUUAUGGAUGCCCUACAGGACUCUUGUCGUUGUCAACUCGUUUCUCUCCAGCCCUUUCCAAGAAAAUUGGUUCUUGCUCUUUUGCAGAAUUUGCAUUUAUCUCAACAGUGCCAUCAACCCAGUGAUUUAUAAUCUCAUGUCCCAGAAAUUCCGUGCAGCCUUCAGAAAGCUCUGCAACUGCAAACAGAAGCCAGUGGAGAAACCCGCUAACUACAGUGUGGCCCUAAAUUACAGUGUCAUCAAGGAGUCAGAUCAUUUCAGCACAGAGCUUGAUGAUAUCACUGUCACUGACACUUAUUUGUCUGCCACAAAAGUGUCUUUUGAUGAUACCUGCUUGGCUUCUGAAAUAACCUUUAAUCAAAGCUGAUUCAUGAAUAAGAAGAAAAUGGACUACAAAGUAAAUGAGAAUCUGUGCCGUUAUCAGCCCAAGAAGAAACAGCCAAUACUUGUACGUGAAGACAGAGCAGAUAAAGUCUUUGCCAACGUUCUAAUAAAUCCUGGCCCAAGAUACUUUAACACAUGAGAAUGAUUCAUAUUUUCCUUCUAGUAUCACAAAAAUGUUUCACAAAAAAUGAAGCAGAUUUGUGAAAGAGCCAAAUGGUAGAAACUGAAAGUGAAGCUCUUUCCAUUUAAUUUGAGAAACUCACUAUAUUUCCUGGGGCUGUGAAGUUUAGAUAAAAUCUAGACAUCGAUUUAACAUUAUUCAUAAUAAAUGUAAUUUCUCAAACUCCCCCAAAUUACUUGUCCAUUUGGUAAUUUGCAACAUGUAAGUGUUUAAAUGUUUGCAUUUAACAUUUCAUUUUAACAAAGUACAGUGCUAUUUCAUGCAUCUCUGAAACUACAGGGGAAAAUAGAAAAAAAUUGUUUAUUGAGUAAAAAUGAGAUUUCAGACAAAUAUGUUCACUAUAUGAAAAACAAAAACAAAUGUCAUAAUGCUUAU